UGACUACCUCUUCUCCGGUCUGUGGGAGACUGGCGGAGGAGCCUCCUGUGCUCCCAGUGUCACCGUACACUCUUGAGUGCGCACAGCGUCCCGUAAACCGCGCAGAGGACGGGCUCUAUUUUUACCCCGCUGUGGAUAUAUAAAGCACCGCAGCCAGCUGGAGGGGGGGACAGUUGGAGACAUCCUCAGCGCGUUAGAGGCGCUGGUGCCCCGGAGAGAGGCAGGAAGACGGAGGACGAAUUCUUUCUGUUUUAUCAGCAACAGGGGACGGGCGGAGAGAGGCGAAAGAUGCCCAAGUCGGUCAAUGUGCGCGUCACCACCAUGCACGCCGAGCUGGAGUUUUCCAUCCUGCCCAGCACGAUGGGAAAACAGCUCUUCGACCAGGUGGUGAAGACGGUGGGUCUGAGAGAGAUCUGGUUCUUCGGCCUGCAGUACACAGACAGCAAAGGCUAUGUGACGUGGCUCAAACUCAACAAGAAGGUGACGCAGCAGGAUGUGAAGAAGGACAAUCUGCUGCAGUUCAAGUUCAGAGCAAAGUUCUUUCCAGAGGAUGUUUCUGAGGAGCUCAUCCAGGAGAUCACACAGAAACUCUUCUUCCUGCAGGUGAAGGAGGACAUCCUCAAUGAUGAGAACUACUGUCCUCCAGAGACGGCCGUGCUGCUCGCCUCCUACGCCGUCCAGGCUAAUUACGGCGAUUACAACAAAGACAUUCACAAGCCUGGAUACCUGGCAUCCGACCGGCUGCUGCCACAGAGAGUUUUGGAGCAACACAAGCUGACAAAGGAGCAGUGGGAGGACAGAAUACAGACCUGGCAUGAGGAGCACAGAGGGAUGCUCAGGGAGGAUGCGAUGAUGGAGUACCUGAAGAUCGCUCAGGACCUGGAGAUGUACGGCGUCAACUACUUUGAAAUCAAAAACAAGAAGGGCACAGAGCUGUGGCUGGGCGUCGACGCCUUGGGCCUCAACAUCUACGAGCACGAAGACAAGUUGUCUCCAAAGAUCGGCUUCCCCUGGAGCGAGAUCAAGAAAAUUUCCUUCAGCGACAAGAAGUUCGUCAUCCAGCCCAUCGACAAGAAAGCUCCAGACUUUGUGUUUCUCGCCCCGAGGCUGCUGAUCAACAAGCGCAUCCUGGCCUUGUGUAUUGGCAACCACGAGCUGUACAUGAGGAGGAGGAAGCCCGACAGCAUUGAGGUGCAGCAGAUGAAGGCUCAGGCCAGAGAGGAGAAGCAGCACAAACAGAUGGAGAGAGCACAACUGGAGAACGAGAAGAAAAAGCGCGAACAUGCGGAGAAGGAGAAGGAACGAAUAGAGCGAGAAAAGGAAGAGCUGAUCGAGAGGCUGAGGCAGAUCGAAGAACAGACGCAGAGAGCUCAGAUAGAGCUGGAGGAACAGACUCGGAAGGCUCUUGAGUUGGAGCAAGAAAGGAAGCGAGCAAAGGAGGAAGCCGAGCGGCUAGAGAUGGAGAGGCAAGCGGCAGAGGAGGCCAAAGCAGCGCUGGCUCAGCAGGCUGCCGACCAGAUGAAGAACCAGGAACAGCUGGCUGCAGAGUUAGCGGAGUUCACUGCCAAAAUCGCUCUGCUGGAGGACGCAAAGAGGAAAAAAGAAGAGGAAGCAACAGAAUGGCAGCACAAAGCUCUCUCAGCACAAGACGACCUGGAGAGGACUCGGGAGGAACUGAAGACGGCCAUCACGUCUCCGCCGGCGCCGGAGCACGACGAGCAGGACGAGACCAACGCCGAGGCGAGCGCCGAGCUCCUCAGCGAUGGAGUCACCAGCGACCGCAACGAAGAGGAUCGCAUCACCGAGGCGCAGAAGAACGAACGUGUCAAGAAACAGCUGCAGGCUCUGAGUUCGGAGUUGGCCGACGCCCGGGACGACACCAAAAAAACCCAGAACGACAUGCUCCACGCCGAAAACGUCAGAGCAGGCAGAGACAAAUACAAAACCCUGCGCCAGAUCCGCCAGGGCAACACCAAGCAGCGAAUCGACGAGUUCGAGUCCAUGUGAGCCAGAAAGAAGGCCGGACAGAGAACAAUCUCGUUUCCACGUCAACGCCUCACUUUCCAUGUGAAGCCCAGAACCUGCUGCCACUCCGGGAACCUUCCAGCUUCCGUUUUCUAUCCAGGAGAAACACCAGCUACCGGGCUUUGUAGCUUCAGCCUCGCCAAAGCUCUGUCUGGCAGCGGUUGGCCAGUCACACUGCUUUUUAGAGCUCCGCCCUCAAUCCAGUGAUGCACAUGUCUUUUAAACAGUCUGGGAAAAAAAACGCAAGCAAAGCAUCCUCCUCCCUUGUACAUUACUGGCAAUUCUAAUGCUUGCAUGUAUUAUAUUUAAACAAUACCAGGACCUCUAGACUAAAUGUGACACUGGACAGAAUCGAUUGAUAUUGUGCUUUUACUCAGCUGAAUAAAAAGGCCAUUUGUAGCUGUAGCUUGUUGAUGUUGCCGGCACGCUUUAAUAUCUACUUCUUUUGUCAUCAGCUGAACAAUUUAAUUAAUUUGUUGUUGUUUUUUUAAUAACGCCUUAUUCGACUCCUUCCUCGUCUCGUUUUGUCUGUUUGUUUUGGGACAGUUCUGCUGUCGGCGUCAUCGAUCCGUCAAAGUUGCAACAGCUAUCUUGGCUGUUUGGAAACGCUCACGUCGAGAGCUGUGAGCUGAUAUGCAAGCUAGAAUUGCUUCUUUUACAUUCUUACUGUGCUGGCAUGUUCUGUCCAUGGAGACAUUUGUUCAAAUAUAUAUUUUGGCCCACAAUAAAGAAUGAAUUUAUAUUUCCAAAUAUGUAGCAAUAAUAUGAUCUUAAAAGUCCUGACUGAUGUUAAAGCCAGUAGAGCUGGGUCUCACGUACACCUUCAGACAUACAUAAAAAGCAAGGAAAGCCUUUGCUGCUUAAAACCAACGUGUCAUGAAUGACUUUUCUUUGCAGAGUGGUUGGACACAACAAUAGAGCAACAUACUGCGGUCUCUGAAGGUUUGUAUCAUAUUAAAGCAAUUUUCAUCUUUACAGCGGAGGAAUUUUGAAAAUAACAGCAAGAUCAAACUCCUUUACUGAUUAUUAAUGUCAGUUAUUAGUAACUCUGCCUUGGAAAUAUUGUGGAGAUUUUAUUUCUGUAUCAAAAUCUGGAAAAACAAGGAACAAACAUCUUAACGGUUAAUAUUAGAAAAAAAGAUGAAUUUGUAGUUUUCAUCUGUAAAUCUUGCAUUUUUCCGAACACAUUCAUGUUUAAAGGACAGAGACAGAGCAGCAUGUGAAAGCUUGAGAAGGGCUUUUAUUGGUCACUUUUACAUCACACAAGAACAGUCAGCACGUCUCAUUUGGCCACAGUUUCCCAGAUUCUGUCAAGUUUGUUUUUCCUGCUUUUGUUUUGGGUUUUAUAUCCUAAAGCUUCGUUAAGUUGCACAAAUGUCUGAAGAAAGCCCCUUUUCAUAAGAUGAAAAAGAUAAGAACAGACAUGAAGGUAAAAAAUUUGGGGAAAAGCAUCUCGUCUCGUCUGUUUUUUUGUUUGUUUUUAAUCUAAUUUCCUUCUCCUUCUGUCUUUAAAUUAAUCAUAUACAGUGGUGCGGGAAAAUUUGUGAACCCUUUACAAGUUUCCAUAAAUGGAAAUAUGCAAAAAUAUGACCUAAAGCAAGAUCAGCUUUUCACACAAGUCCUAAAACUAGAUAAAAAGGAAUCCAGUUAAAGUAAUGAGACAAAAACAGAGAGGAAUAUGAUCCAAUAUUGCACAUCUGUGAGUGGCAAAAGUAUGUGAACCUGCAGGAUUAGCAGUUAAUUUGAAGGUGGGAUGACAAUUAGGUGUGAGUGGAUGUCCUGUUUUAUUUAAAGAACAGAAAUCCAGCAGAACCUGACGUUCACAUGUUUGUGGAAGUCUCUCAUGGUAUAAACAGAAGAUUCCUGUUGUUGCUCAUAGAACUGAAAAAAAGUUGUAAAACCAUUUCUAUGGAGUUAAGAACUUCAUUAAUCCACAUUCAGACAGACUUUGUACGUGUGAAUGAACAACAAAGAUCACACCAAGAUGAAGGCAUGGAAUAGUCCAUAAAGUCAGCAGGUAAACUGAAGACCACCUUCAUGGUAGUUAUUCAUUAGAAGACCACUGAACAACAAUGGAGAAAGCCACUGCUUUUGCUGCCCGUUACAGUUUGCUAAAGAUCAUGUGCAAAUGUCAGACGGCUGCUGGACAAACGUUGAUAAAGGGGGAAAAAAAUAGAGCUUUUUGGUUCAUGAGUCUGUCUUGGUUUGGGCCUGUUUUCUAGGAACAAUUAUACCAGCAAAGUCUUGAACUGAAUAUCAAGAGAAAGUUGGUCAUGCAGCACCAGCCCUCAGCACACAAAUCUUUAUGCCAACAGUUAAAGAAAUAUGAAGUUAAUAUUUAAAACCUAACUUUAAUCUGAUAGAAAUGUUGUAGGAGAUGAAGCAGGCAGCCGAUGUGAGGAAACACAGCCACAUCCCAGAGGUGACUGAGUUGACUUAUCAAUGUUUAUCUGCUGCACAACGAGGUCAAACCAGAUCCCGAAAGCCAAGGCUCACGUAUUUUGCCACUCACAGAUACAUUACAUCUUGUUAUUUUCUUCAGUAAAUAAAUGACAAAGUG